UUGGGGAAAUUUGUGUCGUGGAAAUUGAAAAGACGGAGGGUUGUACUUUAACCGCAGUAAUGCAGAGUUCCCAGUCUUUUAUUAUCAGUGUGGUUGACUAAUAAUAGCUAGCGACGUGAUGCAAAGUGCAGUAGUGGUGCUGACUAGCUAGCUACGUCGCUAACGACGGUACCCUUUUCAGUUGGGCCUCACGCUAGCUACUGUAGCUUGUACUGGCCUGUCUAGCUAACGCACACUGCUAGCAAUUCAAAUAGUUGCUGGCUGGUUAGCUGUGUAUAAACGCCUGACACUGGAAGUUAGCUGUGUAGCUCCAUGUAUGUCCACAUCAACUGUUAUUCUAUCAGGGCUAACUAACCAACAGCUAGCUAACUACCUUGCAUAGCUUGAUCAGCCAACCAACGGUACAGAGCUGCACUGUCAUCAUCUCCCGAUUCGGCCUGGUAUCGCGGGUUGGAAUAACACUAUAAUCAGGAUUGGAACUCAGCUGAGCACAAGACGAGUCUGACAUAGAAAACCCUGAAGCAAGCCGAAUGAAGCGUGCAGCCGCCAAGCAUCUAAUAGAGCGCUACUACCACCAGUUAACCGAGGGCUGUGGCAAUGACUCCUGCUCAAAUGCAUGGUGUGCCUCAUCCUUGGGUUUCCACCGCAUGGACAACAAUGCAGCGGCUGUCAAGGCCCUGGAGCUCUACAAGAUCAACGCCAAGCUGUGCGACCCCCACCCGUCGAAGAAAGGCACCACUUCUGCCUACCUGGAGAGCAGCAACCACAACAACUCUGCAUGCAGCAACAGGAAAAUGAACCACAAGGACAUGCAUUUUGUGAGGGAGGACUUCAAAGACGUCAGUUAUCUGACAGAGGAGAAGGUGUACGAGAUCCUCGACAUCUGCGGGGAGAAGGAGGACUUCUCCCCCCUCAUUCGCGUCAUCGGCCGGGUGUUCUCCAGCGCGGAGGGCCUGGUGCAGAGCUUCCGGAGGUCCAAACCCCACACCAAGGAGGAGCUCAAGUCCCUCCAGGGAAAGGACGAGGACAAGGACGAGGACGAGAAAGAGGCGGCGGCCUGCUCGGCCACAGCCAUGGAGGAGGACUCCCCAGCCUCCUCCUCGUCCUCCAGGCUGGGGGAAGGCGCCUCCACAGGGGACAGCGACGUCCAGAAGCUGGGCCCCGACGAGGUGUCGGUGGACAUCGACGCCAUCCGCCGGGUCUACUGUCGCCUGCUUUCAAACGAGAAAAUCGAAGCGGCCUUUCUCAACGCUCUGGUUUACUUGUCACCGAACGUCGAAUGCGAUCUGACGUACCACAACGUUUAUUCCCGGGACCCUAACUACCUGAAUCUGUUUGUCAUCGUCAUGGAAAACAGCAACCUCCACAGCCCAGAGUACCUGGAGAUCGCCCUGCCCCAGUUCUGCAAGGCCAUGAGCAAGCUGCCAUUGCCGGCCCUGGCCAAGCUGGCCCGCCUGUGGUCGCGCUACAGCGCCGAGCAGAUCCGCCGCAUGAUGGAGACCUUCCAGCAGCUCAUCACCUACAAGGUGAUCAGCAACGAGUUCAGCAACCGCAACCUGGUGAACGACGACGACGCGGUGGUGGCCGCCACCAAGUGCUUGAAGAUCGUCUACUAUGCAAACGUCCUGGGCGGGGACCUGGACAUGGAGCACAACGAGGAGGAGGACGACGAGCCCAUCCCCGAGUCCAGCGAGCUGACCCUGCAGGAGCUGCUGGGGGAGGAGCGCCGGAACAAGAAGGGCCCCCGGGUGGACCCCCUGGAGACGGAGCUGGGCAUCCGCACCAACGACUGCCGGCGGCCGCUCAUCCCCUUCGAGGAGUUUGUCAACGAGCCGCUGAACGAGGUGCUGGAGAUGGACAAGGACUACACCUUUUUCAAGGUGGAGACCGAGAACAAGUUCUCCUUCAUGACCUGCCCGUUCAUCCUCAACGCCGUCACCAAAAACCUGGGCCUGUACUACGACAACCGCAUCCGCAUGUACAGCGAGCGGCGCAUCACCGUGCUGUACAGCCUGGUGCAGGGCCAGCAGCUCAACCCCUACCUGAGGCUGAAGGUUCGCAGGGACCACAUCAUCGAUGAUGCCCUGGUCAGGCUUGAGAUGAUAGCCAUGGAGAAUCCUGCAGACUUGAAGAAGCAGCUGUAUGUGGAAUUUGAAGGAGAGCAAGGUGUAGAUGAAGGUGGCGUUUCCAAAGAGUUCUUUCAGCUGGUGGUGGAGGAGAUCUUUAACCCAGAUAUCGGAAUGUUCACAUAUGAUGAGCGCACAAAGUUGUUUUGGUUCAACCCUUCCUCGUUCGAGAACGAGGGUCAGUUCACCCUCAUCGGCAUAGUCCUGGGCCUGGCCAUAUACAACAACUGCAUCCUGGAUGUUCACUUCCCCAUGGUGGUCUACAGAAAGCUCAUGGGCAAGAAAGGAACCUUCAGGGACCUCGCAGACUCAAAUCCAGUUUUGUUCCAGAGUCUUAAUGAGCUGCUAGAUUACGAGGGCAACGUGGAAGACGACAUGAUGAUCACCUUCCAGAUCACCCAGUCGGACCUCUUCGGGAACCCCCUCAUGCACGACUUAAGGGAAAAUGGAGACAAGAUCCCGGUCACCAAUGACAACAGAAAAGACUUUGUGGCUCAGUAUGCAGAGCACAUGCUCAACAAGAGUGUGGAGAAGCAGUUCAAAGCCUUCAGGAGAGGCUUUCACAUGGUCACCAACGAGUCGCCUCUGAAAUAUUUAUUUCGGCCGGAGGAGAUAGAGCUGCUCAUCUGUGGAAGCAGGAACCUAGACUUUCAAGCACUUGAAGAAACGACAGAGUAUGACGGAGGCUAUAACAGAGAUUCCCGGAUCAUCAAGGAGUUCUGGGAGACGUUGCACUUGUUCGGUGAGGAGCAGAAGAGGCUGUUCCUGCAGUUCACCACAGGCACAGACCGCGCCCCUGUGGGAGGCCUGGGCAAGCUCAAGAUGAUCAUCGCCAAGAACGGCCCCGACACAGACAGGUUACCCACGUCUCACACCUGCUUCAACGUGCUGCUGCUUCCAGAGUACAGCACCAGGGAGAAGCUGAAAGAGAGACUGCUCAAAGCCAUCACCUACGCCAAAGGGUUCGGCAUGCUCUGAGGCCGUUCCCACAUACACUGCAAAAGGACUCCUUUUCAGAAUGCCCCAUGUUCGCCCCGCCCCCUUAUUAUCUGAAAAAGAAACUAUGACAACACCGAUCAUGACAGAUUCCGAAAGAUCAGAAAAUAAGCAAGAAAUGGUUCAUAAGGUAGAGCGCUCUAGUAGUCCUCCCAGAUCAGUUGCAGCAGAGAAACAUGAAUGUGUUCCGACAGCCCCCACCCCCCGCCACCACGUUGUGUGAAUGAGUUCUACACCCACACAUUUCUUUUGGUUUCUUUGUACAGAGAGGAUUUCUUUUCCCCCUUAUUAUUAUUUAUUUUAAGGUUGAAAUCAGUUAUUUUUUCACGCCUGCCUGGAUUGUCCCAUUUUUAUUUGGUUGGAAGGCAAGGACUGGGUUUAUUUGAUGUGAUUUGGGAAAAUGAACAAACAAAUAAACAAGACCCUUGCCCCUUG